AUGUAUCACGUGUCAAACUUCGAGAUAUAUUUCUUUUAUUUACAGAAAACAGUUGAUAAGACUACAACUUGGAAAUCUAUUCCUGAAAAUACGACGUUAGUUACAGCUUACCUAGAUAUAGGUACUUUUUCAAAAGGAUAUCCGCACAGGAGAAGGUCGAAAACAUUUUAUUUUCAAAGUGCCAAAGCGUUCAAAUAUAUAUUAAAUGCAUUGAUAGUAUAUACCAAUUCAGAUCUGUUUAGAAAUUAUAUGCUUGAAAUACGACGAGACCUUCUAUCUGUUACAAAAGUGUUGCUUAUUGACUCAAUGUCAAUACCGUCAUUUCAAUAUAGAAAACAAAUUCAAGAAAUUUUUCAGUUGCAUUCGUACCCGAAAUUCUAUCCGCAUACAAGUAAUCCUAUGUAUUCAUGUGUAACUCAUGCCAAAUUCGACUUUCUAUUGAAUGCAACUGAAGAAAACACAUUCAAAUCAAAAUAUUUUAUGUGGUUAGAUGUUGGAUAUUUUUCAAGUAAAGUACCUUUAAAAAUGUUUCAUUUAUCUAAACCACCAUCAUUUAAUGAAACUAAAAUAGCGGCUAGCCAAAUUGUUUCAAAUCUGACUCAAGCUCUUGAGUUAGAUCCAAACACAAUAUUUAAAAAGAAAAAGAGCAUUGCAGCGGCCGGGCUAUUAUUUGGAGAGAGAAGUCGUGUUAUGUAUUUUUCAAAACUGUAUCAACGAGGGUUUAGGUACUUUUUAUCACAAAAUUUAACCAACUCUGAUCAACAGGUAAUAUACGCUAUUUACUGUGAUAAAGGAAACCGUAUAUUAAAACCAAAAGUUGAGCUACAAUAUUACAGGGCGCCAGGUGUUCCUUAUUAUCACUUUCUUGGUACUAAACUUAUGAAGAUAAGCUUACUUUCGUAAUUCAAAACAACAUGGGAAAUUACAUGUCACACAUAAACAUGGAUUUUAGACAAGGACAUUAU